GUAACAAAAGUGUACCAAAAAGAAACGGGUGUCUUUUUUUUCUGCAUAAGUGUGAGUACGAUAACAACAGUUCAGAGAAAAUUCUACCUGGAAAAUAUUAUGAAAAGUGAUAUAUAAAACUGACACUUAAUUCAUCACGGUAACAAGAAAAUAUAUAUAUAUAUCAUUAUUAUUGUCGGAAGAUUGACACUUUACUGAAAUUCAUUAUCCUUUUUUCUAUUAACUAAAACAUAUCAUAAGUGUCUAUAUUGAAAACAUUAUGAGCCAGACAAUGAGUCAAUUAUUAUUUAUAGCAUUUAUUAGUGGUUUAAUUAUGCUUAUCCAAUCAGUUCCAUAUCACAGAUCAUCAUCAUCAUUAUCAUUAUCACCGUUUAGAAGGAUAGAUUCAUUGGAAAACUUUAAGAAAUUAUCAAUGACACAAGAUAAUACAAUUGAAACAAUCAUGAAAAAUAAUCAACCAAUAAUGAAAUGGAAUCAACAACCAGGUAAAUUAGAUAAUUUAUUCAUUAUUAAAAAGUCAAUCAAUUAUGCUUUAAAUAAUUAUACUAUUAAACCAACAUUUUAUCAAUAUGUAAAAUCAUGCUGUAAUCGUGAAGUAAUGAGACCAAUGGGUGGUGGACAUAUGACUGGACCAUGUUGUAAACAAUUAAUUAAAUUUAAUCAUUUUAUUUGGUUAUCAUUUCCAUGGUUUAAAAAAACAAUAACAAAAUUUACUACUGAUUAAUAAUCAUACUAAGAGUAGUAUAAUGUUAUCCAAUGGUUACUACUUAGUUAAUUUACAAGAAUUGUGAUUUUUCUUUUUUCAAUAAUAUGUCAAUAUUACAAGAAAUGGAAUAAUUUAGCAUAAUACAAAACAGUGUUCAUUGAACAAAUAUUUAUUUGUACCAUUGAAUGUUAACUUGCAUUUAUUGGAAAAUGUUCCUUUAUACAUUCUAUCUGUUGAAACACGUACAAAAAGGAAGAGAGAGAAGGAGAGAAAGAGCGAACUUCGAAACCCAAAACAAUAAUUCCAUUUACAAUAAUCUUUGUUUGUUUAUUUAUUUUACUCAGUUUCUUAAAUCUGUAGAUUUCUUUUUUGACAUGUUACUUUUCAA